UUUGAAAGCCCUUGGGUAAUGAUUGGAGGAAGCCAAAAUAACCCUCUCUAAGAUAACUGCAUGUUAUUGAGCUGAAAAAGGUAGCCAUUAGGAGAACAUUCUUCCCCUCCUUCUGCUUGCCUGAUGGCAGAACAACAAUUCACAAAGAUGAAGUUCUUUCUGCCCUUCUUUCCACUUUUCCCAGCUAAGGAUUAGCUCCUUUACAAUACUUGUAAAAGAAUUUAAAAGCAGACAUUACUCUUCCCAUACAAAUGUCUUCCUGUAUUUCAUUUCCUUUUGGAAUCCUGAAGAUACUCUCUUCUUUGUCUUUUCACUGUCAUCCUAAAGGAAGUAGCUGAAGUCACAUUCAUACAGAGUUUAUUUGGGCCAAGGCUGAGGACAGCUUCUUGGGAAAACACUUCCAAGUUGCCUUGGUAAGUGGACUGGAGAAUAAAGGAGAGACUGAAGAUUUUAAAGAAAAAAACAAAAGAAUCUGUGAAAUCACGGAACCAGCCCAAAUGUCCAUCAGUCAAUGAGUGGAUAAAGAAAGUGUGGUAUAAAUAUGUGAUGGAAUACUACUCAGCCAUAACAAGGAAUCAACAGCAUUUGCACUGACCCAGAUGAGAUUGGAGACUAUUAUUCUAAGCGAAGUACCUCAGGAAUGGGAAACCAAACAUUUUAUUUUCUCGCUGAUAUGGGGAGCUAAGCUAUGAUGACGCAGAGGCAUAAGAUUAAUACAGUAGACUUUGGGGACUGGGGCGGAAGAAUGGAAGAGGGACGAGGGAUAAAAGACAAUAAAUAUGGUACAGUGUAUACUGCUUCGGUAAUGGGUGCAAAAAAAUCUCACAAAUCACCGCUAAAGAAAGAACUUACUUAUGUAACCAAAUACCACCUGUAUCCGCAAUAACUUAUGGAAAAAUAAAUUAAAAGUAAAAAAAGAAUGAAUCAGGAGAGGGAGUGAUUUGAAAAGUUAUUCAUUAGUAAAUUAUCAUUGAUUUACAGAAACCACAUUGAUUAGUAAUUGGCUAUACACUGUGAAACUGAAGGGUUCAGUUAGUCUAGAAGCCACAUAACAUGUGGCUUCAAGAGGUAAUUGUUGAGCUCAAGGUGGCAGUGAGGCAUGACUCUUGUCAAGUCUCUCUCAUGAUUCCACUCUGGACUUGAUAGUUUCAAGGGGCUCACAUUUCUCAAAUAAAAAGUUUGUUUCCUUUCUCACCACCCCAUAAGAUUUAUGGCUCUUUGUUAAAAUACUAUUUAAGCAAGGCCUAUAAGCCACUGCCUUGAAAGAGAGGAAUACAUUUGAACUGCCUUCUCUCCUGAGUGAUGGGUACAGCACACAUUAAUAAACACCUGGUUUUUCUCUUGUUUCUCUAACUUUUGUUUUCAGGGGAGUGUCUCUAUUGAGAAUCUAUGAGGACGAGAAAACCAACUAUAUGUUCUGUGCUACAGUAUCAAAUUUAUGAAGCCUGUUUCUGAUUUUAUAUCACUUCAGCUCCCUUUCACCUAGUCAGGGAGACUACAAAAUAUCACUGACAUCUGCCUAGUAUUAGUCUUGAUGCAGUAAGAACGUUUCAUCACCUAUGCAGACUGAUUUCAGAAUGUUUCAUUUUGCAGACUUCAUUCAAUCAGACUUGUACUUACUUCCUAGGACACUGUUUAACACAUGGAUUAAGGCUUGCAUAAAAUAAGUAACCAAUGUAAAGGUUAGCUAGGGAGUACUUAAUUUAACCAAGGUCUCCAAAUAGAUUUCUUUUAGAGGAUAUAAAAUGUUCUAUUUUGCAUGCCAGAAUGAAUAGGAAUCAGAGAGAGAAAUUUUAUAUGAGGAACUGAAGAAAUGAUCUAAGUAUUCUUGCCAAAGUUCUCACAAACGGUUUUCGAUAUGUUUCUUAAUUCCUCUUUCUCCACCCACCCUGUCACCCCCAUGUAUUGAAAUCACUGGAAACUUUAGUUGUAACUGUGACUUCUUCUUUUGAGGUACACUUAAUAUUGGAAGUCUCUUAGUCCUAUGAGUGGGUGUGUAGCAGUUUGUCUCUGAGCUCUGGUUUCUUUAAAUGAAGCUGAGUCUCUGGGCAACAUCUUUAAUGAGAGAGAUACAAAGGUUCCUGGACCCUCUCAACACAGGGAGCCUGCGUAAGGAUGCAAGAGCGGCAACUUCAAGAGAAAGGAGGCUGGUGGUCCCUGAAACACUGGUCUGCGGCUGGGAUUCUCAUUGCACUCCUCAGUGCUUGCUUCAUUGUGAGCUGUGUGGUAACUUACCAUUUUACACAUGGCAAAACUGGCAAGAGUCUGUCUGAUCUACACUCAUGUCAUUCAAGUCUCACUUGCGUCAGUGAAGGGACAAAGAUGACAGCCUGGGAAUGUUGUCCAGCUUCUUGGAAGCCAUUUGGUUCCAGUUGCUAUUUCAUUUCUAGCGAAGAGAAGUUUUGGUCUAAGAGUGAGCAGAACUGUGCUGAGAUGGGAGCGCAUUUGCUUGUGAUCAACACGGAAGCAGAGCAGAAUUUCAUUGUCCAACAGCUGAAUGAGUCACUUUCUUAUUUUCUGGGGCUUUCAGACCCACGAGGUAAUAAUAAUUGGCAAUGGAUUGAUAAGACACCUUUUGAGAAAAAUGUCAGAUUUUGGCACGCAAAUGAACCCAAUCAUUCUGAAGAGCAAUGUGGUUCAAUAGUCUUCUGGAAACCUAAAGGAUGGGGAUGGAAUGAUGUUCUCUGUGAAAGUAGAAGAAAUUCGAUAUGUGAGAUGAAUAAGAUUUAUCUAUGAGUGGAACUUCUUUCACUGACAUUUUAAAAACUGAAAUCUAUCAUGAAAUGAUAAUUUCUUCUUGUAAUUUAUAAAUAAUUCUUAUGUUAUAGAGAUUCAUAGAAAUGGAAAGAUACCUGUCUCCCUGUGAUCAAUCUUCUUCUAGUUUCUCUUUUCCACUAAUGAAAGAAUGAGCUCUUCCUCUCUUUCUUCCAUUCUUUCACUUGCUAUUCAUUUUGUUCUUUCUUCAUACUUCAUUACACAAACAUUUAUUGUUUCAGAGGCUGUACUAUUUUGUUUUGUUAGAAGAUCUAUAAGGCAGUAUCUUUUGAAAAUGUUGACCUCAAAAUACCAUAAAGAAAUCUUUUUGGUUGUGAACUGCAAUCAUCUGAAGGCCUGAGAAGAGUUGAAAUAUCUUUUUCUAGAUGCCUCACUUGCAUGGCUGGCAACUUAGUGUUGGCCAUUGCUAGGAGGCCUCAGUACCUCACUCUGUGGAGGGCUAACUGAAUCUCCUUACAAUAUAGUGGCCAGCUGCCAUUGGAACAAGUGAUCCAAAAAAACAAGUGAAGGUAAUGUCUUUAAUGAAUUAGACUCAGCAGUUAUGGACCAUAACUUCUGCUGUACCCCACUGGUCGCAUGAAACAGAUCUGAUAUAAUAAAGAACGGAACUACCCAAAGGCAUGAAUACUAGAAUGUGAGAAUCCCGAGGGCCAUCUUGUAGGCUGACUAUCACAGCAAAAUUUCUUUAAAAAGAUACAAAAAAAAAAAGGGGGAGUAAACAUUAAAUUAAUUAAAAAAU